AUGGCAGAGACAAUUAAGCUAGAGGUUAAAGACAGUGCUCACCGUCGCCGCAGCGUACCACUUCUGAGUAGUGGUGAGCGCCAGCCGCCUGCAAAGACCAGGAACGGAGACUGCAUUGUGUUGCCGUCGAAGACACCGACAUCUCUGGCGUCUACAAUAGUCGACGAUGUGCUCGUUGACUGCAACGGCCCAAGUUGCACGCUCAUGGGCAAGGAGACAAGGGAGCGUCUGGCAAUUGGUCAAUCUGAUGCUCUGCUUGUCAUGUUCUAUCUUGAUAAUCUAUUUCCGUUCUUGUUCCCCUUCUACCGCCCGUCACUGCUUGAGGGCGGUCGGACAUGGAUCUUGGAGAUGAUGAUCUGCAGCCCGGUUGUGAAGCAGGCACUUCUAUGCCAGAGUUCUUGUUUCAUGUCGAUGGCACAGGGGAUGGCGAAUUGGGAGAUGGUUUUGGAGCAGACUAGAGACGCAUUCAAGGUGCUGAGAUUAUCCCUCCAGGUUAUCAGCGACGCCGGAGUCACAGAGCAUAUACACGGUACAGUGCGCAUCCUAGCGAGCAUUGUGCAAGUACAGAGGUUUGAAGUCGCCGUGCUGAGCUUCGAUAACUGUCAGGCACACUUGAACGUCGCACUCUCACUCUUCAGCCAGCUCCUCGAGAGCACUGACGACACGAACACUGCAUGUCCUAGUUCAAGCUUCAACGCGGUCUUGAAUCAGCUCAAACCUAAAACAUGGAGUGCCUCAACCGGUGUUUUCCAGGUCCCCAUUGCAGAGCAAGCCGCCUUCCGCUUCUCCUCUGCUCUUCUUAUUUUAGACGACAUCAUUGCGGCCACGAUUCUCCAAGAACAGCCUCGUCUCUACAACUAUCAUCGAAGCCUCCUUUGCACGCCUAACAGCUCCGGAGCAGUCGUCAACCUCGAAGAAACCGUAGGGUGUCAGAAUUGGGCGCUCCUUUAUAUCGGCGAGAUAGCCACUCUCGAUGCCUGGAAACAGCAGUAUCAACAUACAGGAAGCCUUGAUUUAAUGGAGCUUGUCCGACGUGCCACAGAUAUAGAAGCCUUGGUAGAGGGACAUGUGUUGCAACUAGAAAGCGAACUAUUGGGUGCUUCAAGUGAGGGCGCAAGCUUACUAGACAUGUUCGACUCAGAUUCUCGGCAGACUAAAACGUCCGCAAGCCAAAUCACGCUCGUAACUCGUGUGUGGGCACAUGCAGCCCUCAUAUACCUGUCCGUGGUCGUGUCGGGAUGGCAACCUGCGAAUUUAGAUGUGCGAUAUCACGUUAGCCAGACAUUUGAGCUACUGACGCAGCAGAUCGUACCGCCGGCAUUACUGCGCUCCAUGGUGUGGCCGUUUUGUGUGGCAGGGUGUAUGGCCGCGCCAGAGCAGGAAGCGCAGUUGCGGACAAUGGUACAGGUACUGCAGCCUCCUAGCAUGUUCGGCACAGUCCGGAAGGCGCUGGAGAUUAUGGAGGAUGUGUGGUCAAAGAGGGGCAUGGGCGAUGCUGGAAAGAGGGAUUUGGCUACUUGUUUCAAGAAUCAAGGCGAUUUAGUGUUACUAGUGUAG